AUGCUCUUCAAGAUAUCGUGUUUCCUCGUUCUUUUGGUGCUCUGUCUGCAGCAGAGUCAUUCGAUCAAACCCAGAUGCCUAAAGCCACUGGAUGUGGGCAAAGGAAAGGCCUAUCUGCGCAAUUGGUACUACAACUCCACAACGCAGAGGUGCCAAAGGUUCAUCUUCUAUGGUGGUGCGAGGAAUGGCAACAACUUCGAUAGCCAAGCUCUUUGUCGCAAAAUUUGCCAAUUAAUUUGAACAACACUGGUGUUUGGAAAGAACAACGAUUUGAAUCGAACA